UAGUCUCUAAGGUGCCACAAGUCCUCCUUUUCUUUUUUCUGAGAGAGAAUGUUUCCUUCCCUCUCCAAUCAAAAAUGCAAUUUUGAAACUGCAGGAACUGAGGUUGAUUUUUAAGGGGAAGGGUUGUUAAUUAUAAACUGUAGUAAUUUAACAGAACUAUUGCACAUCUACCACCACUAGGUUCUUUCCCAGUUUGCUAUCUGUGUAACACAGUGAGCUGCAAUUUAGGUCUCUUCCCUCACCCUCUUUCUUAACUCAUUGCACUUCUGAUAUUCAGAUGGUCUCUUACAACACAGGAGAACUCCUGUCUCAGAGCAAAGCUGGAAAUCUUAAGUAGACCUAUGGAGUCAUGAACAACUGGUGUAGAUGAUUCAACCAAUCUGUUCUUGCCAUUUACAAUUAAAACAGUUCUAGCCUACUGUAGUUAUCUGUACAAGACAGAAGGUUUUUUCGGUGGAGCUCAUUUUAUUACCUGUUCCAUUUCCUUUUUGUAAAUGGCCAUAGGGUUGAGGGGGAAUAGAGAGCAAUACUGUGAUAUCUGCAUAGCAUGUAACCCUUUGCAUGAUUUGUAUAUUGCAGGUUCUAUCUUCAGGGCUUCAUGCUGAGUCCAUCAGUUCAGGUCAAUAAAAGGACUUACCAUGGUAAUACAAGUUAAUUUUUUUAAAUGUACAAUUAUAUUUAUUUAUGCAGAACAAUCUGUGAACUAAUUGGGAACUGAGGAGUUCAAAAUUAGAGUAGGAAGGGUGCAUAAACUUGCUUACUAAUUGUUCAGUGAUAGUGUACAUAAUGAAUAGUAAUAAAUGUAUACAAUAUGUCUGUUACAAUCUUGCAGAUGGAUUUCACUACUUCAUACAGUAUUGUAUGAACAUAUUGUGCUGUUGUGUCCCUAUAGUCACUGGUUAAAUAAAUAGCUGAUUUCGCUUUAAAAGAACUGUAUCUCUUCUUUGCCACCAAGUUACACUGCAUCGUUUUCUUCUUGUUCAUCAAACCACGGCUAAGGGAUUUCCAGUGCACUGAAGACUUCAGAAUGUGAAGGGAUGUCGACAUGUUCUUCAUACAGCACUUUUGUUAUAUUACUAAAAAGGCACUUUGAGCAGUGUGUAAGGAAGGCAGGUAAAGGUGGCAAAUCCACACGCAGCAAAUCCAAAGGCUCCCCGAAGAAAACAAAGAAGCCAGUGAGCGAAGUGGAUAUCCUUAGCCCAGCUGCCAUGCUCAAUGCCUACUACAUUUCUCACAAUGCUGCUGCCUGCCUGGAGUUCCGUGGCUUUAACUGGCCUGACUCCCCCAAAAAGAAAGGGAAGAAAGGAAAGUAAUAAUCUAAUGGAUGGAAGGCAAGGGACCCAUGAUACAUCAAGCUUCACCAUGAAAAGGAUUGAAAGCAAACUGAUCACUCAGGUUUUUAACUCUUAAGGUUUGCCAUAAUCACUGUGAAGGCUAGUACUUAAGACACUCUUGUUAUGAUUCGAGCAUAAGAUAGUAAAUGUUAAUUUAAGAUGCUUACUGUACCAGUGUAAUACUGACCAUGGCCGUUUGCCUGCUACUUCUGGCAGCAAAUAAAACAUUGCACCUCUGUGA